AUGUUGUCUCGCAUAGCACUAUCUUCGUUUCGACGGAGACGGUAUACUUCCGAAGCGGGGACCGAGGUUUACUCCUUCCUAAAAUCCUCCAUCUUCAGCGUUAAGCGAACUCCGCCAGCGCCUGCGCCCGUCGAUCAAAAAUCGGCGACGCGACUUCUGAACCACGACCAGGCGACCCAUUUAGAAUCCACACUCGAAAAGUCGCUUCUCGUCAACGAAACCGAUGAGGCGUGGAAGUCAUUCAAGUCCCUCACUUCGAACUCUGCCCUGCCAAGUAAACCCCUCACCAAUUCACUCAUUACCCACCUAGCAUCCGCCGCCGAUACCCUCAAUCUCAAGAGAGCUUUCGCUUCCGUCAUCUACUGCGUGGAGAAAGGCCCUGCUCUGUUGGAUUUCGAUACGGUUCGUAUGGUUCUAAAGUCCAUGGUACGUGCCAACACUGCUGCACCUGCUUUCGCUUUGAUCAAGUGUAUGUUCAAGAACAGAUACUUCAUGCCAUUUGGUUUGUGGGGCGAUUUGCUGAUUGAGGUCAGUAGAAAGAAUGUGAGUUUCUGUUCCUUUUUGGAGCUGUUUGAAGAAACUUGCAGGGUUGCUGUUGACGAGAAGUUGGUAUUUAUGAAGCCUGAUUUAGAUGCUUGUAAUGUAGCUUUAGAAGGGUGUUGUCGUGAACUAGAAUCGAUUCGUGACGCUGAGCGUGUUAUUGAAACAAUGUCGGUUUUGAACAUUAAGCCUGAUGAAUUCAGCUUUGGGUUUCUUGGUUAUCUCUACGCACUGAAAGGGCAUACGAUGAAGAUAAAUGAAUUGAAGGGUUUGAUAAAGGGUUUUGGGUUUUCAAACAGUAGCUUGUUUUAUAGUAGUUUGAUAGGUGGGUAUGUGAAAUCAGGUAAUUUGAAGUCUGUUUCAGCUACAAUUCUAAGUUGUCUGAAGGAAGAAAAUGAAGAAGUUAUGCAUUUUAGUAGGGAGACUUUCUGCGAAGUGAUCAAUGGAUUUCUCAAACAUGGGAGUGUGAAAGAUUUAGCAGAUCUGAUUAUUGAAGCUCAGAAAUUGGAGCCGCCUAGUACAGUGGUAGAAAGGUCCAUCGGUUUUGGCAUAAUUGAUUCUUGUGUUAGUCUCGGAUUAUCAGAUAAAGCACAUAGCAUUGUCGAUGAAAUGGUGGCUCAAGGCAGCACCAUGGGGCUUGGGGUCUAUCUACCGAUCUUGAAGGCAUAUUGCAAAGAGCAUCGGACAGCGGAAGCAACUCAGCUAGUGAUGGAGAUUAGCAACUCAGGUAUGCAUUUGUCAGCAGAGAGCUUUGAUUCUCUAAUCGAUGCAGCAAUGACUAGCCAAGAUUUUCAGUCGGCUUUUACUCUUUUUAGGGACAUGAGAGAGGCAAGAGUACCUGAACUGAAAGGAAGUUACUUGACUAUAAUGACCGGUUUGAUGGCGAGUCAUCGGCCUGAGUUAAUGGCUGCCUUUCUGGAUGAAAUAGUCGAGGAUCCUAGAAUCGAAGUGAAGACCCAUGACUGGAAUUCAAUCAUUCAUGCCUUUUGUAAAGCUGGGAGGUUAGAAGAUGCAAGAAGGACUUUCAGAAGGAUGGUUUUCCUGCAAUAUGAACCGAACGAUCAAACAUAUUUGUCACUCAUCAAUGGGUAUGUCACGGCAGAGAAGUACUUCAGUGUAUUGAUGCACUGGAACGAGGUGAAGCGGAGGAUAUCGACUGCUGAGAAAGAGGGAGGUGUUAAAUUUGAUCAUGCUUUGGUUGAUGCUUUCUUGUAUGCUUUGGUCAAAGGAGGGUACUUCGAUGCUGUGAUGCAAGUUGUGGAGAAAUCUCAAGAGAUGAAGAUUUUUGUGGAUAAGUGGAGAUACAAACAAGCAUUUAUGGAGACACAUAAGAAGCUCAAGGUGUCGAAAAUGAGAAAGAGGAACUUCCGGAAGAUGGAAGCACUUAUAGCGUUCAAGAAUUGGGCUGGGCUAAAUGCAUGA